AUGCACCUGGCCUAUGACCUUAUUGCUCCAAAGGUGCUAGGAGCUCUCAAGCAAAGUUAUAAGAGUUUCUAUGAAUACAAGUUCUCGGAAAAGUAUGCAGCCAUCCCCGAGGACCCCACAGAACACUGUCAGUUGCUGCUUUCAAUUAUGACGGGACUCUCCACCGCAUCUGCAGCUGACUCCGAGGCACCUUCUUCGACACCCGACGAGGAACCUCUGCUAAAACGGCAUUUUGGCGGUAAAGACCAAAUUGUACUGCUAACGCCUACCAUGACUACUUUGGAGGAGUAUCGAGAAAAGCUGACUUCACUGUACUCGUCUAGAUCACUGCACCAGAAUCAGGGCAAAGACGGGAAUGACGAUGAAAUUGCUACUGAUCUUGAGGGUGAUCAAUUGUUGUUGGAACCGCAAUUGACACCGUUCUAUCGUCCUGAUGCGGUUUACUGGGGUCAAAAGGCACUCACCCUGCACCAGCUCAUGGUAGCCGGCCCUGACAACUCGCAACAGAAUGUGGCGAAUUUAACUCUGGAGUAUAGUGCCCUGGAGCAGCUUGAAGCACUCUUGACUGACAGCACAACGGAGUGCGAGGACGAGUAUGCCGCAUGGCUGCAACAUCUGGAACCGAUCACACCAGCGUCCUACGAAAACAAAAGGAUUAAGCGUUUGACUCAGGUGGUCCGGUCUGGUGCUAGUCUCACCGCCAAACAUACCCACAACGAGUUGUUGUUCCUCUCCACGGACGUGAAAGACUUGCGUGGCAAUGUGGCCUGCCUAGUGUUUAUGACCAAAGGGGCUACCAGCCCUGCCAGGUAA